AUGGUGAGACGCAUGGGUUGGGGGGGGAGCCGGGGGCGGCUGGGGCGCUGGGGAGACCCGGGCUCGGUGCCCCUGCUCCCCCUGCCUCUGCCCCCUCUCCCUCCUCCUCCCUGCCGGGGGCCUGGGGGCGGGAGGGUCUCCCUCUUCUCUCUGUCCCCCACUCCCCCCAUGAGAAACACCUCUUCCUCCCAGCCCGCCCAGGCCCCAGGGCCUCCCUGCCCGGCCGGGCAGGCCCAGGGGGGCCCUCAGCCGCGCCCCAGUGUCCCCCCCUCUCCAGCCACGCCCCCCGGGCAGGGGAGACUGGUGAUGUCCCCCAUCUCUGCCGCCCCCUCCUGGGGCUCCCACUCUGCCCCUCCCCUGGCCUCGGUGACGCCCCCUCCCUCACGCCGGUGCCCCCAGGACCCCCCUGGGCUGCGGAUAGGUCCACUGAUCCCUGAGCAGGACUAUGAGCGGCUGGGGGACUGUGACCCCGAGGGGUUCCAAGAGUCCCCCAUCCACGGGGAGGAGCAGCAGCCUCUGCUUCAUGUGCCCGAGGGGCUCCGAGGCUCCUGGCACCACAUCCAGAACCUGGACACCUUCUUCACCAAGAUCUACAGCUACCACCAGAGGGACGGCUUUGCCUGCAUCCUGCUGGAGGACCUCUUCCAGCUGGGACAGUUCGUGUUCAUCGUCACCUUCACCACCUUCCUCCUGCGCUGCGUGGACUACAAUGUCCUCUUUGCCAACCAGCAGCUGGCCAACCGCACGCGGCCCGGCAAGGUGACCAUGAGGGAUGUCAUCCUGCCGUCGGCUCAGUGUGCCCAGCGGAUUCACGCCAGCCCGCUGCUGGUCCUCCUCCUCAUCCUGGCCGCCGCCUUCUGGCUGGUGCAGCUGCUCCGCUCCGUCUCCAACCUCUUCAGCUUCUGGGACAUCCGGGUGUUCUACAGGGAGGCCCUGAACAUCCCCCCGGAGGAGCUGAGCGCGGUGCCCUGGGCCGAGGUGCAGUCCCGCCUGCUGGCGCUGCAGAGGAGCGGCGGGCUGUGCGUGCAGCCGCGGCCGCUGACCGAGCUGGACGUCCACCACCGCAUCCUGCGCUACACCAACUACCAGGUGGCGCUGGCCAACAAGGGCCUGCUGCCCGCGCGCUGCGCGCUGCCCUGGGGCGGCGGCGUGGCCUUCCUGAGCCGGGGCCUGGCGCUCAACGUGGACCUGCUGCUCUUCCGCGGGCCCUUCUCGCUCUUCCGCGGCGGCUGGGAGCUGCCCGACGCCUACAAGCGCAGCGACCAGCGGGCCGCGCUGGCCGCGCGCUGGCGGCGCCGCGUGCUGCUGCUGGCCGGCGUGAACCUGGCGCUGAGCCCGCUGGUGCUGGCCUGGCAGGUGCUGCGCGCCUUCUACAGCCACGCCGAGCUGCUGCGGCGCCAGCCCGGGGCGCUGGGCGCGCGUCGCUGGUCCCGCCUGGCGCGCCUGCAGCUGCGCCACUUCAACGAGCUGCCCCACGAGCUGCGCGCGCGCCUGGCCCGCGCCUACCGGCCGGCCAACGCCUUCCUGCGCGCCGCCGCGCCGCCCGCGCCCCUGCGCGCGCUGCUGGCCCGCCAGCUCGUCUUCUUCGCGGGCGCGCUCCUCGCCGCGCUGCUCGUGCUCACCGUCUACGACGAGGACGUGCUGGCCGUCGAGCACGUGCUCACGGCCAUGACCGCGCUGGGCGUCACGGUCACCGUGGCCAGGUCCUUCGUCCCCGACGAGCAGUGCCAGGGCCGGUCCCCCGGGCUGCUGCUGCAGGCGGCCCUGGCGCACAUGCACUACCUGCCCGAGGCGCCGGGCCCGGCCGGCCGCGACAGCGCCUACCGCCAGAUGGCGCGCCUGCUGCAGUACCGCGCGGUGGCGCUCCUGGAGGAGCUCCUGUCGCCGCUGCUCACCCCCUUGUUCCUGCUGUUCUGGCUGCGCCCGCGCGCCCUGGAAAUCAUCGACUUUUUCCACCACUUCACUGUGGACGUGGCGGGGGUCGGGGACAUCUGCUCUUUCGCCCUCAUGGACGUCAAGCGCCACGGCCACCCUCAGUGGCUGUCUGCCGGCCAGACCGAGGCCUCGCUGGCCCAGCGGGCCGAGGACGGCAAGACGGAGCUGUCCUUGAUGAGGUUCUCCCUGGCGCACCCCCAGUGGCGCCCCCCGGGGCACAGCUCCAAGUUCCUGGGGCACCUCCGGGGCCGUGUUCAGCAAGAUGCCGCCGCCUGGGGGGCCACCUCCCUUCGAAGCCCGCCCACCCCCGGGGUGCUCAGCGACUCUUCCUCACCUCUGCCUGAGACCUUCCUGGCCAAUCUCCUGGUCCACCCCCUCCUGCCCCCGAGGGACCUGAGCCCCACAACCCCUUGUCCUGCGGGAGCCACGGCCAGCCUCCUAGCCUCUAUUUCCCGCAUUUCGCAGGAUCCGAGCUGUGUGUCCCCUGGCGGCUCAGGGGGCCAGAAGCUGGCCCAGCUCCCCGAACUGGCGUCGGCAGAGAUGAGCCUGCACGCCAUCUACCUGCACCAGCUACACCAGCAGCAGCAGCAGGAGCUGUGGGGGGAGGCUUCGUCCCCCGCCCGGCCCUGGGCCAGCCCCACGCACACGCUCUCGCCCGAUGAGGAGAAGCCGUCCUGGUCCAGCGACGGCUCCAGCCCCGCGUCCAGCCCCCGGCAGCAAUGGAGGGCCCAGAGAGCGCAGACCCUGUUCCCCGGGCCCGCAGACGCCCGGACUCCGGGCCCAGCCCCCAGCGCGGAGUGACACGGUCUCACGGCCUCCUGACUUGUCCAAACACAGACCAGACGAGGCCCCUCCCUGGGACCCUCCCGUGGAGUCUGCACCCAAUGAUGCUUUUAUUGGGCAG